AUGUCAUCUCAGUUUGAAAAAGUAUUACCCAAUGAAAUACUAUUAAUGAUAUUUGAAUAUUUAAAUGUUCAUGAUUUGUUUCAAUCAUUCUACAAUUUGAAUAAAAGAUUUAAUAAUUUAAUCUAUUCAAUGCCUUUAUAUCAUAUUGAUUUGAAUAAUAUUGAACGAAAAUCAACAUUCGAUUAUUAUCAACAUUCAAUAAUACCAAAAAUUCAAUAUCAACAAAAUGAAACAGUAAUUGUUUUAGAUAUUGAUGAUGAUUUAUGUAAUUGUAUUAAAAUUCUCGAUCAAUUAAAACAAAUGAAUUUAAAAUCAUUAAGAAUAAAAAACUUAAAUGAAGAUAAUAUCAAUUAUUUACUAUCAAUAUUACCAAUGUUUACACAAUUAGUAUUCUUACGUAUUCAAUCAAAAGUUAAUUUAAAUUUAAAUCAAUUUGUACAAUUAAUCACCAUACCUUCAUUAAAACAAUUUGAACUUUUGUUUUUAAAUUAUUAUUAUCCUUCAUAUACGUCAAUAAAAUCACAAAUAAUAUUAUCGAAUAUUGAAUAUUUAUGUGUUUAUCGAUAUUUUCAAAUUAAACAAUUUCAAGAAUUACUUCAAUAUUUACCAAAAUUAAAAAAAUUGUUUAUAUAUAUUAUACAUGGUAAUUACUUAAUGCCUAUUAAUAAUAAUCUUCAUCAAUUGGUACCAAAUUUAAACGAUUUACAAUUAUAUGUACAGAAAAUAGGAUUUGAUGAAUUACAAUUAUUAUUACAACCAUUAUCUCAACAAUUAAAACGUUUAGCAAUAUCUUGUUGGUCAUUUGAAUAUAGUAAUGGUAAAAAAUGGGAAAUUUUUCUGAAAUCGUUUUUAUUAUUAAAGCAUUUUCAUUUGGAUAUCACUUUAUACGAGUUACCAUCAAAUUCAAUCAAUAUCAAACAAAUAUUAUCAACAUUUCAAACAAAAUUUUUUUUCAAUGCUCAUUGGUAUUUUGCAAUUGACUAUAAUCCAAAUGUUGACAUCAAAUUUGUUCUUUAUACAUUACCAUGGCCCAUUAAAUAUUUUCAUACAGUCUUAUAUAAUGUAGAAACAUUAUUAACAAUAACAGAUCAAUCAUAUUCAACAAAAAAUGUUCAAAAUUUAUAUAUUCAAUUAUAUAAUCAAGUAUCGAAUUCAACGCCUACAGUUAAUAAAAGUAAUAGUCAACAUUAUUAUUCGAAUGUUGAAUCAUUAAUUUUAAUUAAUCGUUUAUUAAAUAAUAAUGAUCAAUCAUCUCAAAUUAUUGAUGAUUUAUGUCAUAGAAUUGAUUUAACGAAAAUAAAAUCAUUAAAAUUUGAUAAUUUUGAUGAUUUACAAACAACAUCUAUUAUUAAUAUAAUCAAUUUUAUACCUAAUUUAUUAGAAUUAAAAAUUAUUUUUAAACUCUAUUUACAACAUCAAAAUUUAAUAUCAAAUAUAUCAACAAUUCAAACAUUAAUAGUUUAUUUUGAUUCGGAUGAUCUCACUGAAGACAUAUUAGCAAAUUGCUUUUCAUUAUUAUCAAUAAAUAUAAAAAAUCUAAAAUGUAUAACAAAUAAUCAAUAUCAAAUAUUGAAUUUAUUAGAAAUUUUAUAUCAAUUCAAAUUUUUAAAUAUAAAAACAUUAUUAUUAAAAAUUAAUAAUAGAACAGAAAUAGGAAUAUUUACAAAUGAAUUUAUUCAAUUUAUUGAAGAAUUUAUGAUGAAAAUGUCUUUAAAUGAUAAAUAUGAUUUUAUGUAUAAAAUCAAUGAUAAAAAACAAUUAGUCAUAUGAUUAGGUGCAAGAAUAAUCAAACAACAAGAAGAUGAUGAUGAUGAAAAUAUAUAUCCUGACAUAGAUUUCUUGCUCUACGAACUUGAUAAUGUACUUGAUGAUAAUUUAAAAUCGAUUCCAGAAGAGCUUCUUUACAAAUGUCAAAUAGCUCUUGCACUUUGGUCAAUUGAUGGACGUGAAGAUACUGAUUAUCCAUCAUCUACACCUAUAGAUCAUGCAAAUGCUGAUCGUUUAAUAAAUAAAUUUAAACAAACAUAUAUUGACAUAGGUGGUGAUCCAUUUAAUCGAGAAGGUUUUGUACGUGAUGUAUUUACUCUUAAAUAUCAAUGGAUUAUUUCAGCAGUACAAUAUUAUAGAUUUAUCAAUUAUUAUGAUACUGAAUGGAAUCCAGUCAAUAUGUCGAAAUUGUUUGAAUGGAAUGUAUAUCCAAUUGACUUCAUAGAUGGUUUUGCACCAAUGUAUCAUCUUGAACGUAGUUAUACGGAUGAAUUUGGUUAUACUUAUAUGUUAGGACGUAAAAUUCAACUUACUUAUCAUGAAUCAUUGGUGAACUUUGGUGAUUAUUGUCCAUCAUACAUGGAACUUAAAACAUUGAUUAUUGGUGAUAUAACUGGUGAAGCAUCAAUACUUCCUCUUAUUGCUUCUGGUUAUUUAGAAGAAUAA